GAAGAGGUCGCUGCCGGAUACGGUAACGCUCGCAGGUCCACUCUUGCUCGGGAGUGUGUUCGUUCUCGUUGGCAGUCCGGGAAGCGGGAGUUGCUUGGGAGACGUCGGGGCGCGACGGUAACAUGGUGAGAGAAGGGGCUGUUUGGGUUUUGUUCUCUGCUCUGAAAAUCUAAAAGGAAAGGAUUAUCCUUUGAAGAGAAGCAAAGUCGUAUGAUGGAAAUAUUUUUUGAAACGAAAGAUGUAUUUCAGCUUAAAGAUUUGGAGAAGAUUGCUCCAAAGGAGAAGGGGAUCACUUCGGUAUCAGUGAAGGAAGUCCUACAGAGUUUGGUUGAUGAUGCUAUGGUGGACACCGAUCGAAUAGGAACUUCCAAUUAUUUUUGGGCAUUUCCGAGUAAAGGUCUUCAUGUUCGAAACCAAAAAUUGGAAAAGUUGAAGAGACAGGACCUUCUCCCUUUUUCUACCAAUGUCAUUGGUACUAAUAUGUACCAUGACUUCUGGCUGCUCACCUUCCCUUCUCAGGAUAUUGUGGAUGCGUUCAGAAUCAACAUGGACCCUGGCACCCGGGAGGAAAGUUGCCAUCCGUGUUUGUUUUUGUGUGUCCACAGAAUUGCCUAUUUGUUCCCUAACUAUAGAAUCCCCUAUUACUGCUGCCAUCCUCUAGUCUCUGCCUUUCUAAGUCACAGGGCCAGACUCAGUGUCAGAGGCACUUACCAGGAAGGUUCCCCCCCACCCCCCAACAGUGGAGUGGUUAUUGUUGAGGGGUUCAGCCACAGUGGUGCUCUCCACUAUCUAACAUUCUUCCUUCCCUCUCCUGACAGUGACCCAUAUAUCUGUUUCAUGUAGCCUUGGGGUGACACCUCCCUGUAGCUCCAGCCUAUCACUGCCUCACUUUCCCUAACAAGCCGAAGGUCAUCGAGCUGCAGCUGCAGUUCCCUAACUCAGUCUCUAAGGAGCUGCUGCUCGAUGCACCUGGUACAGAUUUGGCCAUUGGGGAGGGUGGUGAUCUCCCAGAUAUCGCACAUCUGUCACCCAGAAGAGAACACCUGCUCAGCAGAAGUACCCCCUAUUCUCAUAAGAGUUAGAUAAGAAAAAAGAAAUAAAGAAUGAACUUGCCUCCACCUGUUCUCACUGAAGCCCCAUUGAGCCAAAGCCUUACCACCCUGACGAUGACUGCUCCCACAAUAACUGCUGUGCUAGAUGGUACCCCUCUUUUAUGGGACUUACUUUUUAAAGCUCUUUACCAGACCUGCAUGGGAACAUUUCUCCUGCGUCUGGACAGUACUCUACAACAUAGAUGGAGAACCUGAAAAAAUGGAAUGAGAUGCAAAGUAGAAGAAGUGUAGUUGAGGUAGCUAUGGGAAUCCGUGGCCUUGAAUUGAAUAUUUGUCACUUAUUUGCCCUCUAAGAUAGAGACCAAAAAUUCCAGAAAUGGAAGAGAGAAUUUAAAGAUUGAGAAUGUGAAGGUGAAAUCAAGAAAGAAAUUGACAGGAAAAUUAUUACAAUUUUUGAGUAUAGGGAACAGUACCAAUGCAGUUGUUGAUGUACUGAGAAAAGAAUUGGAGAUCUCCUGAGUGGGUCUGGAGUGUUUCACACAGUCCACAGACAGGUAGACAUAGCUUGGACCCAGUAGUUAACAUAGCUACACAUUUCCUCUGGAGCCAGUGGGUAAAUUUGAAGGAAUUGUGAACACAUAGGGCUGAACAGUGUCUGUCUGUGCUGUAUAACACUGUGGCUGCUUUCUAAGUAUGAGUUUAGCCAGGCAAGAUUAUGCAUUAGUGGAGGGGAAUCUUAGACUGUUCAAGGAACAAACAAAGGACACUCAAAUCAUACGGAUAAGGGAGAUUGUAGGAUUGGGAAACUGAAAGCAGUCAAAAUGCCAUCAGAAAUAACAUGCCAUCAGAAAGAGAAGAAGGGAGGGAGUGAAUAAUUUCAACAGGGCAAGAGCAGAUUAAAACAAUUGGUCUGCCUGGACAAUUCUUAUGAAUCUUGGACAGUAGGUAGAAAUGGGCUGAGCAAGGAAUAGCUUACUCUUUUGUACUCAUAAAAGAUCUUUGAUUCUUUUUUGAUUUUCCUUGGUCUUUUUCAAUGCAUUCUUAUUUCCCUAAUUUAACUCCUGUACUUUAUAUAUCCUUUUAGAUUUUCCAAUGUAUUGACUUUUGUUUCCCGCAAUAACCUCAGCGUGCAUGAAUUCAUCUUGACAAUUGACGUUGGCUGGGAUCCUUCUUCAGGAUGGAAAGGACAGAAGAAAGUGGGUAAAAGGGAAGGAGUGCAAGCUGGCAAGUGGUUGAUGAAACCAUAUGAGGAAUGAAGGGGGAUGAAGUAAGAAGUGAUAGGCAGAAGAAGUAAAGGGCUGAGAAAGAAGGAAUCAUCUUUGACAUUUUUGUUUGACAUUUCUAGUAAAACCAUUAAUAUGCAGUAAAAGCAAACUUAAUAAGAACUGGUCAUGCAGCUUCUGUGGAGGCAGAGGAUAGCUGAGAUCUUGAGUAAAGAUACAACAUUAAGAUUGAGAUGUAGAGGGGAGAUAACCAGUAUAUAGAGGUGAGAAAGUGGGAUGAGAGAGGGUAUGGUAACAAUAGGAUGAUGGUCAAAUGGAACCAGGUCGUGGAAGAGAAUAGGUGGAAUUGGGAGACAAUGACUGGUGAGUGAUGGGUAGAAACGGAUAAGGAAACAAAUAAUUGCAGCUUUAUAAAACCCUGGUUAGGCCACAAACAGAGUAUUGCAUUCCAUAGAACACUACAGCACAGUACAGGCCCUUCAGCCCUCCAUGUUGUGGCGACCCAUAUAAUCCUUAAAAAAAAGUACUAAACCCACACUACUCCAUAACCUUCCAUUUUUCUUUCAUCCAUGUACCUGUCCAAGAGGCUCUUAAAUACCCCUAAUGUUUUAGCCUCCACCACCAUCCCUGGUAAGUCAUUCCAGGCACUCACAACCCUCUGUGUAAAAAAAAACACAAACAAAAAAAAAACUUACCCCUGAUGUCUCCCCUAAACUUCCCUCCCUUAACUUUGUACAUACGCCCUCUGGUGUUUGCUAUUGGUGCCCUGGGAAACAGGUACUGACCAGUACUAACAGGUUGCCGCAUUACAGGAAGAAUUUGGAGGCUUUGGAGAAGAUGCAGAAGAGUUUAAUCAGGAUGCUGCCUGGAUUGCUGGGCAUGUGUUAUUUGAGGCUGAACAAACUUGGGUUGUUUGCUCUGGAGCAGCGAAGGCUGAGGGGACACCUGAUAGAAGUCUAUAAGGUUAUGAGAGGUAUAGAUAGAGUAGACAGCUGUUACCUUUCCUCAAAUAUCUAAAACAACAAGAUUAGAUAUUUAAAGUGAAAGGGACAAAGAUCAAAGGAGAUGUGCAGGCCAUGUGUUUUUACACACUGCAGUGGUGCCUGGAGUGCCUUGCUAAAGGAGGUAGUGAAGGCAAUUUUGAGAGGAACAUUUAUCACUAUUCUUUUCUGCAGGUGAGGGGGUUGGGAGCUGUUAUUGUCACAGUUUUUUUCUGUGAAGGAGGGGGAUUUUGUUGUCCAUGAGUUUUGUUUCUUUUCGUUAUUGUACCAGGGUGGGGGAGUUGGUGUCUUGUUUUUCAUCAACAGCUAUGGUCUUCUUGUAUUUAUUUAAUGGCUAUCUAGAGAAGACAAAUAUCAUAGUUGUACUGUACAUGCAUACUUAGACAAUAAAGUGAAUUUUUGAUCCUUUAGGAAGUUCUUGGAUAGUCACAUGAAUGUGCAGAGAAUGGAGGGAUAUGGGCAUUUAUAGAGGCAGAGGAAUUAGUUUAAGACAUUUCAGUUAUUUAGUUUGGCACAACACUAUGGGACAAAGGGCCAGUGCUGUGCUGUACUAUUCAUAAUCAGAAUCAGGUUUAUUAUCACUGAUAAAUGUCGUGAAAAAUGUUGCUUUGUUGCGGCAGUAUAGUGCAAGACAUAAACAAUUACUAUAAGUUACAACAAGAAAUAAACAGUGCAAAAGAGGAAUAGUAAGGUAGUGUUCAUAUAUUCGUAGAACAUUCACAAAUCUGAUAGCAGAAGGGAAGAAGCUGUUACUAAAAUGUUGAGUGUGUGUCUUCAUGAUUGCAUCAAUAUUUUGGGCAAGAUAGAUCCACUGAGAUGUUGAUGCUCAGGAACUCGAAGCUGUUCACCUUUGCCACUGGUGAUCCCUUAAUAAGCACUGAUGUGUGUUCUCCUGACUUCUCCUUUCUGAAGUCUGCAAUCAGUUCCUUGGCCUUGACAACAUUGAGUGUAAAGUUGUUGUGACAACACUCAAACAGCCGAUCUAUCGCAUUCCUGUACAACUCCUUCUUAUCUGAGAUUCUGCCUGCAACAGUGGUGUAAUUGGCGAAUUUAUAGAUGGUGUUUGUGCUGUGCCUAGCCACACAGUCAUGAGUUUAGUGAGAGUACAGCAGUGGGCUAAGUACACAAAAUAGGAGGUGUGCCUAUGUUGGUUACAGCAUGAUCUGUUAUUAACAUUAACAGGUGUUACUAACUGCACUGAUUGUGGUCUCACGAUGAGGAAGUCAAGGAGCCAGUUGUAGACCCCGGUUUUAAAGCCUAUUGAUAAGUACUGAGGGAAAGGUAGUGUUAAAAUCUGAGCUGUAAUUGAUAAACAACAGCUGUACGUAAGUAUUGUUGUUGUCCAGGUAGACCAAAGACAGGUGGAGAGCCAGUGAGAUGUGUCUGCUGUCAACUUGUGGCAGUGGGCAAAAUGCAGCAGGUCCAGGUCUUUGCUUAGACUAGAGUAAAUCCUAGCUUCAUCAUAGUAGCUGCGAGUGGUUCACAUGCAAAAUACUGGAGGAACUGUAUUUGUGAUACUGGUUCUACUCAACAGUACAUCGAAUCCAGGCAGGCAUGUGCCGAAUAUUCUCUCCAUUGGCUCAAUCUACAUUGUCUCUGUUUUGGGACAUUGCAUUAUGGUGCAGUCAAAGUUAUUUCUCCUUAAAACUUAAUCAUAUUUGUAAAUAAACAUACUUUACAAAUUUGGUGAUUUUCUCUUUUUUUUUC